AUGGUUGCUCGCUUGCUGUUGGUGUUUUGCAGUGAGCCCUCAGCAGUCCGUUUUUCCGCAUUGCCGUCUCCCAGAAGUGAUGAUGUUUCGGAGCUUUUGACAAAGAAGUUGUCGGAGUAUGAGAAUGAGCAGGUGGAGAACUGGAUCAGGGCACAGCUGGUGGAUUUGGAGUAUUCAGAUGUUGCAGAUGCAGCGUGCAAGGCGCUUGCUGGUUACAGGAGAAAGGGUCUUUUGCUGCUCUCUUUUGAUGACCUCCUUGCGAUUCUCACAACCAUUGAGGACACCAGCAUUCGACAAGGAGUGGCAAGACUGCUGUACAACCUCAUCCAGAGAGGUGUUCCACGAACCGCACCCGUUCUGGCUGAUGCCUCUGACAUAGACAUAGAUUUUGCCCGUGCGUUGGAGAAGGCGGAGUUGGACGCAACUGGUCAAUUUUUGGAGACAGACGAGGGCAGUUUCAAGCAACACCAAGAUGCAGAAGUGUGGAAUGAUAGGACAUUCUACGUCAGGGACUGCUACAAGGAUAUUGCAGACAUCAUGAAUGCCACGCAACCCGGCACUAUGUCGCUUUUGGGCUCUUUGGGCAUCGACAAGUCCAAUUUCAUUGUCUACCUCAUCUGGGGCAACAGCCACGACGGGGCCAUGGUGCGGAGCCCACAAGCCCUAUACAUCAUGGAUGCCAGCAUUGAUGUGAAGAACGAAGUGCAGUGCCAGAGCCUUUGGAUCACCUCUGCGAGGAAGCCAGAAUCUCCGGCCUUCAACACAGAGCAUUUCAAAUAUGCCGACAACUGCUGCGGGCGUUUUUUUUCAUGGACUUUGGAGGAGAUGCUGGAUGACGAGGUGGCGAGGCUCCACGGAAUGCUCACUGGCACAGGACCUGUGCUCUUUGAACAGGAGUUUCACAACUUCAUGCAGGACAAAGGCAUCAAGAAGUUCAAGCUUCGAGCACGAUGCCUAAGUGAUGGUAGAGAGGAGGACCUUCUAUUAAAUGGCGCUCUGGACGCUGAGCUGGCUUCAGGCAAUCCAAAGGCGAACGUUCAACCCGAAAAAUACUACCUGCCACAGAAGCGCAACUUUCAAGGGAUUGAUUCCUGGACCUCAGAAGGAAUGUUUCAGUUGACCAUCGCAGGGAGCCAUCCUAUCAACUUUGGCAAUGCCAACUGUCAAGUGUUUAAGGUUCUUCGAAACCUGCAUUCAAACUUUGCCAACGGCAAAGUGCGGCUCUACUUUGUUGUCCCGGACUCCCGUUUCGACAAAUGGAAGAAAGUGCAGAACAUUACUCCGCCAGAGGCGGAAAGCAUCAUUGAACAGUGGGUAGUGUGUUUCGAGGAGAACCUUCCAGCAUGA